AUGAGUGCUGCUACUAGCUGCGAUGACGGUCAGGAGGACUUGGCGCUAAGUCCAAAUAUACAGCUCCGCGCCGCUAUCCGCUGUGAUAGGCAACACCCUUGUUCCCACUGCGCCAGCGCCAAAAUCGACUGCAUACCUGUCGAUAAGAAGCUCCGAGAGAAGCGCACCCGCAUCCUCUUGUCUUCGGAAUACGAGAAAAAGAUCGAUCAGCUCGACCGUCGCAUGGCAGAGGCUCUCAGUCUCAUCCAAGGCCUGAAAAAUGACCGACAACUCAGUGCAUGCCCUCAUGCAUUCUUGAAUACUCCAGCCGGGACCGGUAUGUCGGCAGUGUCCUCAUCCAAGUCGAGCCCGUCCAGCCAUACCAUCUUGCCUGGGUCAGAUGCCGGGUCUUCCGUGCUACUGGGUGCGGGAGAGUCCUCGUUAGCCGCCCACUCGACGUUCGCCAGCGACUUUAUGCAACACGUUGCAAGUGCCAGUCCCCUCCAAUGCUCCGGACCGGAGAUGAGGGACACCCUCGAUGCGCUCUCUAGCGUUGUAGCCACCCUGAGAGAGCAGACGGUUGCCAAUGAGAUGGCAUACCCUCAUGCUCGGCCGAUCCAACGCCCCGGCCUGUCAGGGUACGGGCUGCCUCCCAUCCAAAAAGCCGUCGAGCUGAUUCGCAUCGCUAAAAAUCAGCGCUUGGCUGGAUCAGGUUUCAUCUACGAGUUCAUCUUGAGGCGCAACUUCUCGGACAUCUGCCUCCAGGUCUACUUCUCCGAUAGCUUUUCCGAGAUGGAAUUCAUCAUCGUCAACGCGGGCCUUCAUUCUCUCUUUGGAGACUAUAGCCAUCGCGUGCCCGUCGAAGAAAGAACAGCGUAUCGAGACCAUGCCAGCAUGUGUCGUGCGAAUCUUGAGACUGCACUUUCUAGUUUACCUAUGCAUCUUCCAACAACGACAGAAACCGUCACAGCCCUGAUCUUUGGUGCUUGGCAUGCGAUUGAGCUGUCGAAACCCUACCUCGCACGGGCAUUAUCAGCCAAAGCAUCAGAGCUCUGCCAGACGCUAAGCUAUCACCGGAUACCCGAUACAGACAACAGUGACGACGCCAAAUAUAGAAAGUUUUUGUUCUGGACGAACUACUUCCUUGACAAAUGCCUGUCUCUUCGCCUCGGCCGAGCUUCCACCAUCCCAGACUGGGACAUCACGACACACCGGCCCUCCACCACCGACACUCAUAAGGAGGCGGUUAUGGCCUACUUUGUACUCUGGGUCGAGUCUGCACGUUGCCAAGGGAACAUAUACGAGUUGCUCUACAGCCCGGAGGCUAUCGCUCAGCCCGACCACGUCCGGCAAUCUCGGGCCCAGCUCCUCAUGAACGACCUACGAAUGCUGGACCAGGCCAUGCAGGAGACUAAUAAAAGAUGGAUCAAAAUCGCCAAAGACAAUGCCGGCACGGACGUCAUGGACUUCUUCGCUACCUCAGACGAUACCCUCCGACUCUCACUGCUCACUCUAGUCUAUCGUGCGGCUCCGCAGCCAGCUGGUGCUCCCACAACUUUCAGCCACAGCUGCGCUGAAGCCGCAAGGGCCGCUUUACAAAGGCACCAGGACUGUCUGGCGAUCAUAGACAGGAGCAACGAGGACUUCCUCCCAUGCUAUGUCCAUUGGACCCUCCUCUUCACCCCGUUCAUCCCAUUCAUCGUAAUCUUCUGCCAAGUGAUAGAGACUCAAGACGAGACGGACCUAAGCCGUCUGGGCGCCUUUGUGACCUCUAUUCAACCAGCUGCCACUGUUUCAGAUGCCGCAGGCAAGCUGUGUCGUCUCUUUCAAGUCCUCCACAACGUCGCUGCGCGUUAUGUCGAUCGCUCCGGGCCAUAUGAUGACCAACCGCAGGCCACUGAAGAGAUGGACAUGUAUCUCAGACUGUUGGGAGUGCACCAUGGAGAGGAGGGCAACGUCAGCGAGCAUCAGAGGCAGGGGUUCGCCCACGACCUCGAUGGGAAUUUCGCGCAAGCCGCGUGCGGUGACGGAACGAGCACUGGCGAGGUACAGGCCGGGCCGAUGGUUAUGAACCCCAUGAUGCGCAUGGGGAACGGCGCGCAGUUGGAGGAAUGGUUUUACAGAAAUCAGGCUCUGAUGCAGUCGUUCCGGACGUCCCCUCAUCCUUUUCCAAACGAAGACUAG